CACCUGUCCAGUUCCAGCCCUCCCACUUUACCUGAGCUCCCUUGUACAGCGCUCCACACCUGAGCUCACCUGCAGGACUGAUACACACGGUAUCAAAUACACACCUACGGCUCACGUUUGUCUGGAUAAACAGCUUUGGAAGCCUGUGUCAUGCUCACAUAAUGGAGAGAGAGAGGAGCAGGAGAGCCGGGCUGUUCUUUCUGUCCCUCACAGUUGGAUUAUUUUACACAGCAGAGAGUAAAGAUUUAUUUCACGAGCAGACGUCGAAGCUGUCAAGUUACCAGAUUGUCACUCCUCAGCUCGUGCCUGGCCGAUGGAAGAGGCACGAAAAUGGCACACAAACAAACAGAGAGUAUGAUCACGCUGAUCACAUCACAUACUCAAUUGAGAUAGAUAACGUCGUCCACUACCUUCAUCUUACGAAAAACAAAGACUUUUUAUCACCUGACUUUGCGGUGGUCUCUCAUGAUGUCCAUAAGAAAUCAGCAAGAAGACACACCGAAAAACCUGCAUCCUGUCACUACAAUGGAUGGGUGGAAGGACGCAAGGACUCAUUGGUUGCUCUAAGCACAUGUGAUGGUCUCAGGGGGGUCAUAUUCAUCGGUGAUGAGAAUUAUGCUCUCGAGCCUGCACUGCAUUCCACGACAAACGAACACCUCCUUUACCCGCUAAAGGACAACCAGUCUGAGCCGUUUGUGUGUGGGACACCUCACGGUGAAGAUAGCACACGUGAAGCUACCUGGUCCAUGUCCUCAUUUUUACGGAGGAAACGGAAUCUACCUCUGACCAGAUAUGUGGAGUUGGUGCUAGUGGUGGACAAUCAGAGGUUCAAACUGAACAAAGGGAACACUACCGCAGUGAGAGAAGAGAUGGUUCAGCUGGCCAACCUGCUGGACACGUAUUACCAGCAGCUGAACAUCCACAUAGUACUGGUGGGUCUGGAGAUUUUUGAAACCCAGAACCCAUUUAAUGUGGAUGGCAGCGCAGGAGAUGUUCUUGGAAGGUUUGUCAACUGGAGGAAAUCAGAACUGGUUCCACGCAUCAGAAAUGACAUGGCCCAGCUUAUUGUGGGUCAAUCAGGAGCGUAUACUGGAGGGAUCCUGGGCAUGGCUUUUGUGGGAACUGUCUGUUCAGCAAACACUGGCGGAGGAAUCAGUGUGUUCAGCAACAGCAACCUGCAGUACUUUUCCACUGUCUUAGCUCAUGAGAUGGGACACAACCUGGGCAUGAACCACGACGACAAACGCUGCCAGUGCAGCGGUGGCAGCUGCAUCAUGGGCUCCUCUGCCAGUGGAUCCACCCUGUUCAGUACCUGCAGUGGGGAUGAUUUUGAACAGCUGAUCCAGCGUGGAGGAGGUGUGUGUCUGAGGAAUCAGCCCUCUCAGGAUGACAUCAUCACCAUACCCCGCUGUGGAAACGGUGUUCAGGAGCAGGGCGAAGAGUGCGACUGCGGAACUCCAGGGAACUGUACGAAUAAAUGCUGUGAUGCUGCUACGUGUACCCUCACCAGGGGCUCGACCUGUGCUGCUGGUAGCUGCUGCAAAGACUGUCAGCUGUCUGUAUCUGGGACGCCCUGCAGAGAUUCUGUGAAUGAGUGUGAUCUGCCCGAAUUCUGCACAGGAGGGUCUGGUUUCUGCCCUCCGGACUCAUACCUCAUGGACGGCCUCACUUGUGCAGAAAACUCCGCCUACUGCUACGAGGGCCGCUGCCAGACGCUGGACUAUCAGUGCAAACAGCUCUUCGGAUCUAAGGCGACAAAAGCUGAUGACAAAUGCUACAGCUACGUGAACACGCAGGGCACACGGUUUGGGAACUGUGGCUAUUCUGGCUCAUCUCUGGUUCCGUGCUUAGUUCCCAACUCUAUGUGUGGGAAAAUCCAGUGCACAAACUUUGACUCCAACUACCCACCGGCCGGAGCGGUCAUCAGCAUAGAGAACAUAGAAGGCGGGACCAUCUCCUGCAGAAAUGCCGACUUUAACCUGGGCUCGGAUGUGCGGGACCCGGCCUAUGUCAAAACAGGAACCGUCUGUUCUGCUGGAAAAGUAUGUGUGGACUUCCAGUGCAAGAAUGCAUCUGUAAUGACACAGUCACAAAACUGUGCAGCUCAGACUGACUGCAAUGGAAACGGGGUAUGUAAUGACAAGGGUCACUGCCACUGCAACAAUGGCUGGGGUCCUCCGAACUGCAAUAAAGCAGGAAGAGGAGGCAGCAUUGAUAGUGGACCUGCUCAAAUUGACUACUCCCUGAGGAAUGGCCUCUUGAUAUUCUUCCUGUUGGUUUUGCCUAUCUUGGUGGUGCUGGUUAUUGGCUUCCUCUACAAAUUCCGAAGGGACUUACUGGGAAGGUGCCUGAAGGGCCGCCGCUCCAAGCGACCCAGGACAACCAACACAGCGAAUGCUCAGCGGACUGGGCAGCCAAGCAGCGGAGCACAAAGAGCCACUUCUCCUCAGCAACCAAACCAGAUUCCUCCUACAAACCCACAGCCGUUUCAGCCUCCACGUCCAGCCACCGCCCCUGGAGUGUAUGACAGCUGGGAUGACGCUGAAGUUCAGCCUGCAGUGAUCUCUGCUCCGCCACCCAGACAAGGACCCGGAGUCCCCAGACCAAUUCCACCCAAGCAGACGAUGACCUGAACAAAUUUAUGAAAGAAUCUUUCUCUGCUGCUGUGAACUGAGCUGUAUUGCAUAUUGUACUGUAAAUUUGUGACCUUUUUGAAGCAAGUGUAAUGACCAGUGGUUAUUUAUGAAGGUUGAGGUUAUAAAGAUUUUUUAAACGAUAUUUUAAAGUAAUAAAAGUGAUUUAAAAAAUAUUCUUGUAACUGAAGUGUAAAUUAUGGUUUGUUGCCUGUUUUGAUGCGGUUUGCACAUGUUGUGUGUUUCAUGUUCAAAACCAAAUGAAGAAUUAUUUUGGAUACACUUGGAAUUUAAAAUAUGUAUGUUUUCAAUAAAUAAAUAAAUGCUGUUUAUUUUAAAUAAAUACAUACAUGUUAUAUUCAUUGUGUUGGUUAAAAAAAUAGGAGCUAAAUAAAGUUUUAGCCCAAUAAAAAUAA